CAGGGCAGGGCAGAAGAACAGAGUUGGGAGCUGAGGAAACGCAGGUGCAGGGCAGCUGUGAGUGAAAGUACAAGGAACUGGCCAUCUACAGUAACAGCACGGAGAUCCCCCUACAGGACAGCAUCUUCUGCUCUACAGAGGAGGGGCCCCUACUGACUUCCUUUAAGACGGUAUUCAUGCCUGUGGCCUACAGCCUCAUCUUCCUCCUGGGUAUGAUGGGAAACAUCCUGGUACUAGUAAUCCUGGAGAGGCACCGGCACACUCGGAGCUCAACGGAGACCUUCCUGUUCCACCUGGCAGUAGCCGACCUUCUCUUGGUCUUCAUCUUGCCUUUUGCAGUGGCUGAGGGCUCUGUGGGUUGGGUCCUAGGGACCUUCCUCUGCAAAACUGUGAUCGCCCUGCACAAGAUCAAUUUCUACUGCAGCAGCCUGCUGCUGGCCUGCAUAGCUGUCGACCGUUACCUGGCCAUCGUCCAUGCCGUCCACGCCUACCGCCGCCGUCGUCUCCUCUCCAUCCACAUCACCUGCUCGACCAUUUGGCUAGCCGGCUUCCUAUUCGCCUUGCCAGAACUCCUCUUUGCCAAGGUUGUCCAACCUCAUAACAACGAGUCCUUACCACAGUGCAUCUUCUCCCAAGAAAACGAAGCCGAAACUAGAGCCUGGUUCGCCUCCCGGUUUCUCUACCACACUGGGGGCUUCCUGCUACCGAUGCUCGUGAUGGCCUGGUGUUAUGUGGGAGUGGUACACAGGCUAUUGCAGGCCCAGCGGCGCCCUCAGAGGCAGAAGGCAGUUAGGGUGGCCAUCUUGGUGACAAGCAUCUUCCUUCUCUGCUGGUCACCCUACCACAUUGUCAUCUUCCUCGAUACACUGGAAAGGCUGAAGGCUGUGAACAGCAGUUGCGAACUGAGUGGCUACCUCUCUGUGGCUAUCACCUUAUGUGAAUUCCUGGGCCUGGCCCACUGCUGUCUCAAUCCCAUGCUCUACACCUUCGCUGGCGUAAAGUUCCGCAGUGACUUGUCUCGGCUUCUGACCAAGCUGGGCUGUGCUGGCCCGGCCUCCCUUUGUCAGCUCUUUCCGGGCUGGCGCAAGAGCAGUCUCUCUGAGUCAGAGAACGCUACUUCUCUUACCACCUUCUAGAUCCCGGGGUCUCAGCCCCCGGCUCUGUUUCUGUUUUCCUUGGGAGCAUAAACGUGGUGUUAGAAACCCAUCCAACAUAAGCUGGGAUUCUAAGAGCUAUUGGGGCCAGUGUCCCCCAGCUGGGAUGGCUAGACAAACUCUUUCUAGAAUGUUCCCAAAGCUCUUCUGCCAGCCCUCAGGCUAGACUAGAGCCACAGGAGGGGAAAGCGGCCCAAAGGCAAGGCAAGCAAUACCCAGACCACCUAUAUCCCCUUGGACGAAGAGGACUCCACACACCUCCCAUCUUAAGCUAAAGCGAAGACUCAGCUUUAUUUCUUCCUGGCCAUUGGGAAAAGCCACCUCUGCCUGAGGCACACAGGAUCAUCUUCCUCCCAAUUAUGAGCUCAGACUCUCCUCUCAGAAUGUAUCCCGUCGCCUUGAAGGCUACCGACUGCUGCAGCUCCCCAUCACUCCUACACCACUGAGGAACAGCCACCUGGCGGCAGACUGUGGCCUUAAUGUGCCUGUCUCCUAAAUGCAGCCGUAUGCCAGACCUUCAACCGUGCCUUUCUCCUAACCAGCAGGAACCUGAAACUGAUCUGCUUUUGGUAGCUGUCUGGCUCCAACCAAACCACCACUGGAUCAGCCCCAUGUUACUGGAUCUUGGAUUACAGACUGAGGGCAAGUUCCAGAAGGUCCUGGAAGCUUGCCAGUAUCCUGAGAAGAGUAAAGGGCAAGCAAGCCAGCAGGAAAGAGGCCCAGUGGAAAAAAUGGAAAGACACCUUUUCCAGGCUCCAAAGAGGAAC